CUCCGGAUCUGAGUGCUUGCUCUGUCAGUCGAGGAGGUUGAGCUACAUAAGCCAGUCGGUGAGGAGCCACCGCGAUAAGCUUGAUUUUAUUCCUUAAUGCGUCACUCCGAUUUUCAUCAUCAUCACCAUCUUCGCCACUCAGCCACCGAGAGCCUUCGGUCCCUCUUGAGCAUCUGUUGACCGUCAUUGGUUCAUAAAGCCUGUCGAGCUUGAGUCCUGCCCUGCCCUUGCACCCGGCUCAUCCCAUCCCGAUCAACUCCAAACGGUCAACUCAAUCAAACCAACACCGUUAUCAUCCAAGAGCUGUGUGUCCUCAGCCGUCAAGAGGGUCAACUGCGUACAUACAUAAUAGGAAGCUGCUUCGAGAGAUACCCAAUAUGAAGCAAGUCAUCGACUCGGCGGUGGGUACUGAGAGACCGAAUCCAUCCGGGCAGGAUGAGAAGUCGGAUGACCAACAGUACUCGGAGAAGUCUGGAGCCUAUCAAGCUAACAAUAGUAAAGAUCUCAUUCAGGGGAAAUUCAAUCCCGACGCAGAUCCGCACACCCACUAUGAAUUCGGUGGGCCAUGGGGUUCAUUGGGUCUCAUGAUCCUGUUCCCCUGUCUAAUGUAUUACUUUUUCAUCUGUUUAUGGUGCUACGAUGGCCAACUUUCAAGGCCUGAUUCUCUUCAUCCCACUGAGAUCAUCCGAUGGUCAAGUGAAUUUUGGAAAUUAAUCAAACUGCACACCCGUCCCACAUGGAGCGCGACGUAUCUUUACAUGGGCUUGUUGGCCCACCAAGUGGCUUUGGCUUGGUAUAUGCCCGGCGUUUCUCAAGAAGGCUUACCCAUUCCAUCUUUGAACGGCGGCAAAUUGACCUACUACUGCAAUGCGCUAUGCUCUUGGUAUGCUACACUUGCGACCGUCUUCGUCCUACAUUCCGUUCUAGGAGUCGUUAGAUUGGGUGAUGUGUUCGAUCAGCUGGGCCACUUGAUGACGAUCGCCACUGUCUUUGGCUUUUCGAUUUCUCUGUUCUAUUACGUCCUACCUAUUCUUCAAGGACAAGCUGUCAGGAUGAGUGGUAAUCAUAUUUAUGAUUUUUUUAUGGGGGCUGCCCUGAGUCCAAGGAUUGGACACAUCGAUGUCAAACUAUUUGCGGAGGUGCGGAUUCCAUGGGUACUGUUAUUCAUCAUCGCGGUUGCAGGUAGUGUCAAGCAGUAUGAAACAAUUGGUUAUGUGACACCGAAUUCUCUCUUCAUGGUAUAUGGAACUGGUCUUUAUAUUAAUGCCUGUGCUAAGGGCGAGGAGUGCAUCCCAUUGACCUGGGAUAUGGCCUAUGAAAAGUGGGGUUGGUUGUUAAGUUUCUGGAACUUUGCAGGUGUUGCCUUUACAUACUGUCAUUCGGUAAUCUACAUUACGAACCAGCCUCCCUCGAAAUAUAACUUUUCAACUUGGUCCUACGUCGCAUUGUACUUGACUUACACCUUGGCUUACUACGUAUUUGAUACUUCAAAUAGCCAGAAGGCCAGAUUCAAAAUGGAGAAUGAUUCAAAAUCUCAGAUCACAAGCAGAAUCUAUGGUUUCCCUCAAUUUUCUUAUGGCACAUUAAAGAACCCAAAGGUUCUGGUAGUUGGAAACAGUGAUCGCAAACUGCUCAUUGAUGGCUGGUGGGCCGUAUGCCGUCAUCCUAAUUACACUGCAGAUUUCAUUCAAGCACUUUGUUGGGCAGCCUGCUCUGGAACUGGAAGUUUGAUUCCGUACUUUUAUCCAGCUUUCUUUCUGGUGAUGAUUCUACAUCGAUGCACAAGGAAUUUUGAAAGGUGUUCUAGGAAGUAUGGAAAAUCAUGGGAGGAGUAUUGUAGACUUGUCCCUUACAGCUUUAUUCCAGGGGUGAUCUAGUUGUUCAUUGUAUUUGCUCUUCAGUGGAUUUCCAGAUGUAACAUUAUGCAUCAAUCUUUUACUCUCUCUUACUCAACCAUUGAGCCAUUGAUACAUCAUUUGUUUUCAAUGAAUCAAUAUUUUUUUGUCAGUUUUGAGGGAAUGCUCUUUUCUUUGAAAUCAAUUCAAAGCAUGUAUCAACCAGGUCCAGUGGUAUAAGUCCUUUGGGUUUCUAUAAUUUCUAUGUGAGAGUCUUGUUCUCAUACAGACCAGCUGCUUUGAACAUCCUGGCCAAACCUCUUUGUUGUCUGGAACCCCUUCUUUGGCGUACAUAGCUGAUCUCCUUAUCAUUUCAAUCAUAUCAAAAUUUGUUCUUUUGGAGAUUGCAAGCAAGACCAUCACUAGUCAAUCACAAGAACAUAAACCUUAUCCUUGAGAUCAGCUUCUACCAUACAAGUUCACCCACAAAUGAUAAAAUGAAUUUCCAAACAAAAAGCCUCAAAUAGUAAACAAUUGGGUGGAUGCACAUUGUAUGUAUGUUAAUGGACAGAGAGAGAACAAUGCCAAAAGAAAAAAUAAAAUAAAAACAGAAAUGGUAAAACGAUUCCUCCCUAUAUAUAUAGAUUUUAACCCAGAGAAAAAAUUAAACACAUUCAGCCAAAGAUCAGAUAAAGAAUUAGACACAUAGAAAAACAG